AUGAACGCUCCUAAUUUUUCUGAGCACCUGGAGAUUGAGGGCGGGGAGGAGAUGCUGUCAAGUACAUUUUUGGAGGUGAUGCGGAACCUGGUGGGAUGGGUGUCGCUGGCUGGCUGCAUGUGUGGGCUGAACGCAGAACUGAUUGCACAUUUGCACCCUCCGGCUCAAGUGAUCUCCAGUGAGCCCUGUGUCUUCCCCUUCACCUAUCAAGGUGUCACCCACUACAGUUGUAUCUCCAUCCACAGUGACUUUCACUGGUGUUCCUUUGACAAGGAAUUCCAAGGCAGGUGGCGCUACUGCACGAGGCUGGAUCCUCCUAAGUGUGUCUUCCCCUUCCUCUUCAGAAAAAAUGUCAUUCACAAUUGCACCAAGGAAGGCUAUAUUUUGAAUCGGAGUUGGUGUUCGUUGACAGCGAAUUACGAUCAAGAUGGGAAAUGGAAGCAAUGUUCUCCAAAGAACUCAAUGACUGCUUUUGUCAUUCUGGAAAGCGAAAGUCGACCCUUGCACCCCGUAUUUGGGAGCCCGCGACGUAGAGUGUUCGUAUCCCGCCCCAUCCCCUGCAGAGGUGCAGGGAUGCCUGCCCCCGAGCCCCCGCCGCCAAAGAGGACCCCACCGCAGCACGCACGAGUAGAAUGGCGGCGAGACGCAGUCACAGAUAAGAAGAAGGUUUGUCAGGUGCUGCGGAGAGAGAAUGCCGACAAGCAUUGA